AAUCGCCGCUGGCCGUGGUCUCUUGCAGGAAGGUGACUUUGGGCCCGAGACCGAUUAAACGAUGUCUUCCCUGGUGCGACUCGGGGCAACUCUAAGGAGCGGGGGCCGACUGCUGGCGGGGGUUGUGCGGAACAAACCUGUGGUCCGCAACGCUGGAGGUGGGGUUCACAUAGAGCCGCGCUACCGCCAGUUCCCAGAACUCACCAAACAGCAGAGCCGUCAGGCAGAGAUUCUCAGUGGCUUCAUGUGGUUCUGGAUCCUGUGGCACUUGUGGCAUGACACAGAUGCAGUGCUGGGCCACUUCCCAUAUCCCAAACCUUCUGAGUGGACCGAUGAAGAACUGGGAAUUUCUGGAGAAGGAGAGGAAUAGAUUUUUCUGUUUGGGAGCAAUGCAUUGCCUUCCUAUUGUACUGUUGUAAAUAAAUAUCAGAAACCAA